UCCCAAACCCUAAUUUCCUUUCAUUUUAUACAGCAACUAGGUUUUCAGAGGCAGCCUCCCUCCUUCCAUUUGCACUCGGAUUUCACUUAAGCUAAUCAAAUGGCAAGAAUCAAGGUGCACGAGCUAAGAAGCAAAACAAAGGCAGAUUUGUUCGCUCAAUUGAAGGACUUGAAAGCUGAACUUGCCCUUCUUCGUGUUGCUAAGGUCACUGGUGGGGCCCCCAACAAACUCUCCAAGAUUAAGGUGGUGAGGACAUCGAUUGCCCAGGUGCUGACUGUGAUUUCACAGACUCAAAAGUCUGCUCUUAGGGAAGCUUACAAGAACAAGAAAUACCUUCCUCUUGAUCUGCGUCCCAAGAAAACCAGAGCCAUUCGCAGACGUCUUACCAAGCAUCAGGCUUCGUUGAAGACAGAGCGUGAGAAGAAGAAAGAGAAGUACUUCCCACUGAGGAAGUAUGCAAUCAAGGCAUAGGUAAUUGAGAAGGAUAUUUAGUUUCAAUUUUGAGUUUGGACUAUGUGUAAGAUCUUAUGAAAAGCUUGUUUGAUUCGAAAUAUUGGAUCUUGUUUUGAAAUGUUGAAGGUUGUUUAUGUUAUGCAUUCUGCACUUUGAUUAGAUACCAAA